GUCAGUCGCUGGUAUAUCGGUCAGAGUGGAGCAUCUCGCCCUCCCUGCAGCUCUGCCGUCCUCAGUCGGAGUGGGAGCGGACACGGAGCGCGAGCCGCUCGUGGAGCCGUGUUUACCGAGAGAACCGGUUGUUGUACCUGUGGCUGGACACGAGUGAAGAUGGUCCGGGCUGGAGGUAUUUUGAAGCUAGCGGCGCUCGUCUCCGCCUUCCUCUUGGCUGUCUUCCUGACUUUUCAGCUGUUUGAGAUGAACAUGGAGUUUAAUCUGGGCAGCAUGAUGUCAAGAUCUCAGCCUGUGACUGAAGUCUCAACAAAGCCGGGUGCAGUCAGGUACAAGUGCAGCCUUUCCAAGUCGUGUCCAGCCGAACACUUUGCCUUCAAGAUGACGAGCGGAGCGGCCAGCGUGGUCGGGCCCAGAAUGUGCCUGGAGGACAAAAUACUGAUGAGCGGCGUGAAGAACAAUGUGGGGAGAGGACUCAACAUCGCCCUGGUUAAUGGGAAAACGGGGGAGGGAAUCAAGACAGCAAAUUUUGAUAUGUGGGCAGGAGAUGUGGCUCCCUUAAUUAAAUUCCUGAAUGAAAUUGAAGACGGGACAAUCGUGAUGAUGGCGUCAUUUGAUGACACCUCAACCAAACUUAAUGUUGAAGCCAGGAAACUAGUUGCUGAUCUGGGCAGCUCGGACAUUGAUAACGUGGGCUUCCGCGAUAACUGGAUCUUUGUAGGAGGGAAAGGCAUCAAAACCAAGAGUCCGUUUGAGCAGCAUAUAAAGAACAAUGCAAACACCAACAAAUUUGAGGGCUGGCCUGAGGUGCUGGAGAUGGAAGGAUGCAUACCACAGAGAGCAGACUGAUGGACCCCCGCAUUUCACGUUGCCCUCUGUCCUGCACACCUCCAGACAUUCCUGUCCUCACCAGACUGUUUUUAGCUGCUUACACGUCUCGGGGCUGAGAGCUCGUUUUAACACCCCUCGCCCAUGAAAAGUUUUAUUCAGAUUUCGCCUCGCAGUUUAACAUCCCUCCAUAGUCCUGACCUCUGACCUUCUUGCACUUCUCCUCGUGCUAGGAAACCAUUACUUAAAGUCCCGUGGGGGGGCGCUGUAAUUUAAACUAUAUUAGGUAGAGAGCACUGAUUAGACAGACCUUUUGAAUUUUUGUAUUCAAUCAGACUUUGUAUUUAUAACGUCCACAGACUGAGCAUCAUAGCAUGUUGCGUAAUUGCACUGCUGUUAAUCGUGAUGGAUGUGAUAGCCCAUUAUCGUUAUACAUGUGUAUUUUGUGGGGGAGCGGGGGAAUGGGUGGUGGGGCGUCCUCUCGUUAUGAUAUUAUAACCAAAUGCACCAAAUUCACUGUGAAAUUUGUAAAUAUUUCUUUAGAGGAGGGUCCAGGUUUGACAGAUCCUCAUUUAAUGAACAUUGUAAUAAUAAUAUAAUUUCUUAAAAUAAAUGAUAUUGUUAUUAAUA